UGUCCCUAGGUACCGAGGUGGCGGGCUUCUCGUUCCUCAAACUCUCCUCCGCCCGGCUCUCCGCGCGGCUUGUGUGUGUGUGUGUGGAGAGAUCAGGAAGCGCCGACGCCUGCGCCCCGACAAACACAGCCCGAGGGCUGAGAAGAUUGCACGGGUGCUGAGGCGGGUGAGGACCAAGGCGGAAGUGGUGGUCUCCAUGGUAACCCGGGGCGGGUUGCCGGGGAGACGACCCCAGUCGGUGACUGAAUCCCUCCGGUAGCGUCUCCUGGAAGACGGAGCCCGCAGUCCCCGGGCUGUCUUUGCCAUGAUUCCCGGGAAGUAUCGCUCUGUUUCUGGCCGGACUGCAAACAACGUGAACUGUGGGCUUCAUCUGGUUAUUCAAACCUCAUCACUUCCUGAGAAGCACAAAGUUGAAUUCAAGCUAAAUAGAGACACACCAUCCUUCCCUGGUCGACUCUUACAACAUGAUCUUGAAAGAAACUAUUCCAGUAGACAAGGUAUUAACAGAGAUGGAAGAGUCCUAAGUCCUUCGCCUCGUAGCAAAUCUUCAUGCAUCUCAUCCACAACAAACGUGACCGAACUGUACGGGCUGGAAGUGAAAAGUGCCCUGAGCUCCUUGGCAGCAUUCGGAGAUUCUUCCUUUCAGACACCUCCCAAGGCCAGGAUCCGCCAGGGCUGUCAUAGUGCCGGCCCCAAUGUGUCUGGUGACCAUAUUAACCUGGUGAGCUCAUCAAUGCCAUCGUUUCCUGUUCUCCACCGUUCUUCUGAAGAGAAGAUUCUUUAUUCAGACAGGCUGACCCUGGAAAGGCAAAAGUUGACGGUGUGUCCUAUCAUCGAUGGGGAAGAACACUUGCGCCUGUUGAACUUCCAACACAAUUUUAUAACUCGGAUCCAAAAUAUUUCCAAUCUGCAGAGGCUAAUAUUCCUGGACUUAUAUGAUAACCAGAUUGAAGAAAUUAGUGGGCUUUCUACUCUGAGAUCCCUCCGUGUCCUUCUGCUGGGGAAGAACAGAAUCAAGAAAAUCUCAAAUCUGGAGAACCUAAAAAAUUUAGAUGUUUUGGACCUUCAUGGAAAUCAGAUUACCAAAAUCGAAAAUGUCAAUCAUCUAUGUGAUUUGAGAGUUUUAAAUCUUGCCAGGAACCUUUUAAGUCAUGUUGAUAAUCUUAAUGGACUGAAUUCACUAACCGAACUCAACCUGCGACACAAUCAAAUCAGUUUCGUGAGAGAUGUGGAUAAUUUGCCCUGCCUCCAACGUCUGUUCCUCAGCUUCAACAAUAUAUCUAGUUUUGACAGUGUUUCCUGCCUUGCUGAUGCUACUUCCCUCUCAGACAUAACUUUUGAUGGCAAUCCAAUAGCACAAGAGUCAUGGUACAAACACACUGUCCUUCAGAAUAUGAUGCAGCUGCGCCAGCUGGAUAUGAAGAGAGUCACAGAAGAAGAGAGGCGCAUGGCAUCAGUUGUGGCCAAGAAAGAGGAAGAGAAGAAGCGGGAAAGUCACAAGCAGUCCUUGCUCAAGGAGAAGAAAAGGUUAACAAUUAAUAACGUAGCUCGAAGAUGGGAGUUGCAGCAACGAGGAGUCAAUAUUGCUAUGAAUCCCGAGAAGAGAGACUGUGACCCGUCAUCGCAGGAUCCCUGUCAGAGCGAUGGGAGCACCGUGUCCGCGUUGGCAGAGGAGUCAGGGUCUCCCGACCCCGGGCUCACAAGCACCUUACAGGGUCUGUGUGUCCCAGACACGCACCUGGUGGAAGUAGACGGGGACACGCUCUCCCUGUACGGCGCAGGCGCACUGGAAUCCCUGGACCGGAGCUGGAGUGCUCAGACUGCAGGAAUGGUCACCACUGUCUCUUUCAUGUUCAUAGAAUUCGAUGACAUUGUCCAAGUGCUUCCCAAGUUGAAGAUCAAGUUUCCUAAUUGUCUGCACCUUAAAUUCAAGGAGACAAACCUGGUCAUGUUGCAGCAGUUCAAUGCUCUGGCACAGCUCCGUCGGGUUGACCAGCUGACCAUUGACCCUCAAGGCAACCCUGUGGUCAACUUCACCCUCUGGAAGUACUACGUACUGUUUCGUCUCAGCCAUUUCAGCAUGCAGAAAAUAAAUGGAACAGAGGUAACUCAGAACGACCUGAUCAUGGCCGAGCGGCUCUUUGGCAUCCUUGCACAUGUGGCAUCGUCUGAAUUACCCCAGUACCGUCUGGUUUCAAUUCUGGGCGAUGCCAGGAAAAAGCAAUUCCGGUAUCUACUAGAAACCAAAGGGAAAAAGCCUGGAAUUGUCAAUGAAGAAAAUAAUGAUAGCAAAAGACUUGUAGGGGAAAAUACAAAUCGUGCGACGCUGAAUUAUACCACAAGAGACUUUUAUAAUGAAAAGCUAGAGGAAAUAAAGGAAAAAAAGAAAUUCUGCAAGAUGUACGUGGAGGACCUUGUGAAGGGAGCCACAGAGAUCAACAGGAAGAACGAAGCCUUGCAGAAGCUUUGGCCACAACUGUUCAUUGAGCUCGUGAGGGACGCCGUCAUUGAGAUCCGCAAUAAGAACGCCUACAUGAAGCUCUGCCUGCAGCAGAUCACCGACCAUAAAUAGAGAUGCUUUGGCCUUGGCUGGCUCAGGCACCUUCAUUGUCUAAAGAUUGCAAAUACAUAGGUCAAACACGUGAAACCACUGCACUAUCCCACAAACUAGACAGGCUAGCUAGCAUUGCAGCAUCACAGCCCGCUGCUCAAAAGGGAGGAGUGACCUCCUGGGUGCGCAGGCCCAAGGGUGCUCCGGAGCCCAGCAGGUCCCAGAGGCGGCCAGGGCCGCGAGCCAACCCCUGCCCUCCUGUCCUCACUGUGCCUGAGCCCCGCCCGGCCCCAGGCCUGCAGUAUCCGCUGAUGGUUAACCUGAGAUGCUUCACCCACUUUCAGCUGAUGGCUGUCACUUACUUGUCUUAUUAUUUUAUGUCUUGGUUUCAAAGCCAAAAUAUGUUCUUUUUUAUGACUGAAAAAUAAACUUAUGAAUAC